GCCAAAGCCCAGUUGCUUGCUGUCUGAAGCGGCAGCGAGCGGAGUGGGGAGAGAGUCUUCCGUCUCUGGGCUGCGGAAACUACCCUGCGAAAGCCAGCGAGAGUGGCAGUGAUUGAGGAAAAGAGGACCGCUUUACUCGAAGUCCCGGCUCGGUUAGAGAUCCAAUACACAGCAUCUUCCCCUAACUGAAGGAAAAGACCUGCGGAGAUGGGCGACAAGGCGGGGACCAGAGUCUUCAAGAAGUCCAGCCCCAACUGCAAGCUCACAGUAUACUUGGGGAAGAGGGACUUUGUGGAUCAUCUAGAUCACGUGGACCCUGUAGAUGGGGUGCUCUUGAUUGAUCCGGAAUACCUCAAAGACAGAAAAGUGUUCGUGACCCUGACGUGUGCCUUUCGUUAUGGCCGUGAAGAUCUGGACGUGCUGGGCCUGUCUUUCCGAAAGGAUCUCUUCAUUUCCAGCUUCCAAGCAUUUCCUCCUCUGCCCGAGGAGCGCAAACCGCUCAGUCGCCUACAGGAGAGACUGCUCAAGAAGCUGGGCCAGAACGCGUACCCCUUUAACUUCACGAUUCCUCAGAACCUUCCCUGCUCAGUGACUCUACAGCCCGGCCCAGAGGACACAGGAAAGGCAUGUGGUGUUGACUUUGAGGUCAGGGCGUUCUGUGCUAAAACUGUGGAGGAGAAGACUCACAAACGGAACUCUGUGCGAUUGGUCAUUCGUAAGGUGCAGUACGCUCCAGAGAAGCCUGGUCCACAGCCAAUGGUGGAGACCACACGCUGCUUCCUUAUGUCUGACCGCUCUCUUCACCUCGAGGCCUCGCUAGAUAAAGAGCUGUACUACCAUGGUGAACCUAUCAGUGUCAACGUCCAUGUCACCAACAACUCCACCAAAACAGUUAAACGAGUUAAAAUCUCUGUGCGACAGUAUGCCGAUAUCUGUUUGUUCAGCACUGCACAGUACAAAUGUCCUGUGGCUCAGGUAGAAGCAGAUGACCAGGUGUCCCCCAGCUCCACGUUCUGUAAGGUGUACACCCUCACCCCCACACUGAGCAGUAACCGAGAGAAGAGGGGUCUGGCUCUGGAUGGACAGCUAAAACACGAAGACACCAACUUGGCCUCCAGCACCAUAGUGAAGGAUGUGUCCAAUAAGGAGGUCCUGGGGAUCUUGGUGUCCUACAGAGUAAAAGUGAAGCUUGUGGUGUCUCGUGGAGGUGAUGUGCCUGUGGAGCUGCCUUUUGUCUUGAUGCACCCUAAGCCCUCCGAACAGCCCAACUCUAGACCACAGUCAGCUGUGCCAGAGACAGAUGUCCCUGUGGAUGCCAACCUCAUAGAGUUUGAAACAAAUAAUUUCUCACAGGAUGAUGACUUUGUGUUUGAGGACUUUGCGAGGCUCAGGCUGAAGGGAAUGAAAGACGAAGAGGACGAUCACUUCUGCUAAUGGCCCUUCCACACACACACACACACACACAUGACACGGUGUGGUGGUUGUAACCGGGCGACAGGGGUGGGGUGUCAACCUGCCAGUACUCAUACCUCUGCUCCACUGGGCCCAUCUGAUAGAGUGGAGCACUUACUGAUUUUUCAGAGCCUCUUUCUUUCUUUUCUUAACUCUUUCUUUGUCUUUUGGGUCCCUUUCACACCAUUUUAGCAUCGGUGAUGUGGUCUUUUAACUGACCUCCUGUUUCUCUGGUCAUAUGAACCACUUCACUAUGAUGCUUAGUUGUUGGAUAUAAAGACUGAGGGAGAAGGAAAUGGAGGGAGAAACUGAUGGGUCUUCUAAACAUCAAUGUAUUGUUGGUGGGCAAAAGGGUCCAUUGAUUCAGGGGUGAAUAUAUUUUUUAAUUCUUUCUUUACCUUUUUUCGUUUCCUUUCCUUUAUUUCUUGUCAUCAUAUUCCCACUUAUAUAUAAAGUGGGGAUUAAUAGCUAUGUAAUUAUGGUAUAUGUUCUAUGUUAUUUCAUUGUACAGUGCAUACACUGUUCACAAACACCAUAGGGAACUUGAGUUUGGUGUUAAUUUUAUUCCACUUUCCUAUACCCGUAAUCUGAUCCAUCCAUACUUGCUUAGCAGCUUUUAUGUUAUAGUUAUGUAAAAUGUAUACAUAUCAUAAAAAAUAUGUAGUAACAGUUUUCUGUGCACUUGAUGUGCACGCAAUACUCAAAUAAUUAAGGACGUGGCAUUUUUUUUUAGUGGAAAAGUAGUUGGCAAUACAAGUCGGGACACAAGCAUCUGGUUUCUUAUUGUACAUUUUUGCAUUUAUUCCACAUGUUGAGUUGUAGAUAAUGUGAACACUGCAACAAGUCUUCAGUGCGAAGUUAGCUUGAAGAUUAAACAAGAGGACAGGGACAAGCUCAGUAUGUGCCACACACACACAACAUAAUUCCUCAUUAUUUGUGCCUGCCAAACUUUAUUUGCCAAAAUGUGAUGAUUUAUAAUGUUGCUUGUAAAUUAAGCUCAGUUAGGUUGAAAAUCUCAUGCUCAUUCCAUGUUUUAGUUCACAGAAACUGCUGAUGUAACCAUUGGACUGCCAGAAAUAUUUUGAUGAUGGUUAUUUUAAAAUCACGUUUAUAGCAUGAUUUCCAGGAAAUUUGACUUUUUACUCUUGUUCUCCCAGGAUCAGCCCUUUCCUAUGACAUUCUGCAUAGUUUACUACUGAACAAUGGCAAAUUUACUUAUGUUACAAUAUGUACAAGGAAGUAACAUUUUGCAGUGAAAAAAGUAGAGCUCCCAUUCAAGGACAAAAAGCUAUCUCUAAAAUAAAGGAUUGCUUUAAAGCACCCAUACAA